AAUUAUAAAAUUGUUAUGGUAAUUCAAGGAUUGUAGGGUCCUAAUAGAUUUUUAGUUCUACUAGGUUAAACUGCAAUGUUGAAGUCAUAGUUACAUGAGUACGCGAGAGUUCAAUUUUGAUUAAUUUAUCGGUACAUAGUAACGUAAAAUUAACUCAUUACGAGAUUUCGUGGAAUUUUCGAAAGAAUAAUGUAAAAUAUGUGAUUCAGUAAGUUGAACAAUCGAUGAAAGGCAAUAGAGAGGAAAAAGAGAUUUGCAAUUUAUAUUUCCGUUUUUACUUCGCAUUUAUUGACUGCUGGUAAGAUACGUAGCUUUAUCGGUCCAAUCAACGUUUUAUUUAUCGACGAUCGAUAUUUAUUUUUCGAUUUAGUUUCACGUGCGCAUAAAUUCCCUAGUGCUGUAUCAGGUACAUCUUCAAGUAUUGAUCAUUGAUAUAUUUGUUUAUUUACGACUAUAGCGACAAGUUUUUAUAGCAUUUUUUGAAUAAUACGAAUAUUAAAUAUAUACAUAUUGUGAAUUAUAAAUAUCAUGUUGCUCGAAGGUGCAUGUUUGUUGCGACACUUGGAGCUCUUUUAAAGAUUACUCUUAAAAAUGUUUGUAAAUAAAGUUCUUAUCCAUAGAAAAUAUUACGGUAAUAAACUCUGUCGAACCUUCUGCUGUAAUCAGACUUACUUUCCCAAGGAAACCUGAUAAAAAAAGCAUAUACAUAUAUUUGUCAGUUAUGUAAGUAUAUUUUUACAUUAUGUACAUUAGCGAGCAUAGCAGGCUUCUCUGAAGAAAAUAGUGACGCGGGGGAAGGAGGUUCUAUCAUUCGUGGCUUCGUGGUUGGUAAAGAGAUUUUCGGAGAUUUCUUCCCCUGUACCAAGUUUUAACCAAACGAAGCUCACAUUGCAUCGAAGUGUGCGUUUUUAUUCGAUGAUCAUGUAUUGCAGCGAAACGGUUAACUCGAUACGGGUCGACUCGAGAAGGAAGAUUGGUCUUUAUUACGCAACAAGACGGUGGUACCCGAUAUAGUUGAUCCGUCACUGGGCGGAUCUCGGUGUUUUCCAAAUCAGCUGUUAGUCGCCGGUGAAGGGUGACUCGUCGUUGAGCGUAGUGGGGGGCCUCAGUCGGCUUCGAGACUUGGGCCGGUGCGCAUUGUGUCUCGUUACUGCGCACCUUGUCCCACUCUACGUAUUUACUUACGCGCCCGUAGUAAGCUCGUGCGCGCAUAUGUUCCUCUGGAUUUCGUUACGUGCACGUCAAACACCGUUUCUCCGUGUUUGUGACCGUGUGUGACGUGCUACCGCUGCUCGAGUGAAAGUGAAACCAGCGAAGGGACUUUUCCUUUUUCCUUUUCUUUUUUUUUUCCUUUUUCCUUAUUUUUUUCUUUUUUCUUUCGGUGGAAAGCUUAUUGCACGAGACACCUUCGUCUCGAUUCAUCGAGUGCGCCUGAAACGUCAAGAGGAGACGUACGAUCUACCGCGACACGAGUAUCACGCACGCGAAAAGGCAGCGUUUGAAGUGCGAAGCUCAAUUUUUCCUGUUCUUUUGCGUCGUGUCCGACUAUGGACCUGUUAUAUAGCGGACAGUUGCUAGUCGUCACGUGAAACCAUAUGCUCGUAGUUACGUACGGAUACACCUAGUUGGAAACUUCCAUGUAUCGAUGAAAGGGGAACACCGUGGUGUCCUGUCGAAGCUUACCGAGUAUUUAAAAAUAAAUACCAACGCGACGUCGCGUUUCGGAGAAUAGUGUUCAGCGAACCGGGGAACACGUGGCACGGAAUUCAAUCGCGUUCUCCAGGCUGAUUCUUCCUGAAGAGUGCAGAUAUUAGCGAAGGUGGCCAAGGCCGAGGCUUUGCUCUCCGUACAAGAAGGAGGUGGAGGAGGAGGAGGAGGAGGAUGACGAUGAUGAUCGACGUAAAGAAUAAAACGAGAAAAAGUCGAAUAAAAUUGAAGCAGCGUGUACCAGUUUUCUGCGGAUACAGGCGAAUAUCGGAGUAACCAGGAUCGGCAAAGCUGCGCGAAGAAAAUCGCAUUCCAAACCGAGGAUUCUUCUUGUUUCGGUGAAAAAACGAGCAGUAAGAAGGAGCGUAUCGAAGAGUACCAUGUGAGGAUCAGUCAGUCGACGUAGAAGUUCCAUCGUUCUCGUCAUCGUGUUCUAUCGCGCGUUAUGCAGUGACGUUGCGAAUCAAGUUGAAAAUCACGACAUGCUGAAGAGUCGAGACUCGUCGAGUACCAUGAAGAAUCCGGAACACGAGAGCGGAUAUUUCGAGGACGGUAGCGACGUGGAGACGGUCGUCGAGGAGACGAUAGUCGCCGAAGAAAGGAAGUACGGAUCGAGUUGUUACGGACUUGCCAAGGGUAUUCAUCAACUCGACGUCGGGGAUUCCAGUGACCCGGUUCCCGACCACUACGAGGACAGAUUGAACAGAGUGAACCUGGCCGACAGCGGAGGACAGAGGGUAGACAUGACGCAUUUCGAUUUGCUGAAGGUCCUUGGAACUGGAGCUUACGGUAAGGUGUUCCUGGUGCGAAAAAGGACGGGCACCGAUGCUGGACGUCUUUACGCCAUGAAAGUAUUGAAGAAAGCGUCGAUCGUACAAAAGAAGAAGACGACGGAGCACACGAAAACGGAGAGACAAGUUCUGGAGGCUGUUCGAGACAGUCCUUUUUUAGUUACGUUGCAUUACGCCUUUCAGACGGACGCGAAGCUUCAUUUGAUUUUAGAUUAUGUCAGCGGUGGUGAGCUGUUUACGCAUCUAUAUCAACGGGAACAUUUCACCGAGGACGAAGUACGGAUUUAUAUCGGCGAAGUUAUUUUAGCGCUGGAACAUCUGCACAAACUCGGUAUCAUAUACAGGGAUAUUAAAUUGGAAAACAUUCUGCUGGACAGAGAGGGUCAUAUCGUGUUAACUGAUUUCGGGUUAAGCAAAGAGUUCUUGCCGCACGAAAGGGACAGCAACGCCCGUGCUUACUCCUUUUGCGGAACUAUCGAGUACAUGGCACCGGAAGUGGUACGAGGGGGCUCAGCGGGACACGAUAUUGCAGUCGACUGGUGGAGCGUGGGCGUCCUUACGUACGAGCUGUUAACCGGUGCGUCUCCGUUUACGGUCGAGGGUGAGAAGAACACACAGCAGGACAUUUCGCGAAGAAUCCUGAAAACGGAUCCUCCGAUCCCUGGUCACCUAAGUCCAACGGUUCGAGAUUUUAUUUUGCGUCUGUUGGUAAAGGAUCCGCGACAGCGGCUAGGCGGUGGACCUAACGAUGCCAGAGAGCUGAAAGAACAUCCGUUCUUCAGAAAAGCACCGCCUCCCUUCGGUUGGGCAGCGUUGGAGAGACGAGAGAUCUCUCCCCCGUUCGUUCCACGAAUUACUCACGAGCUGGACACCAGUAAUUUCUCGGACGAGUUUACCAAAAUGAUCGCUGCCGACAGCCCAGCUGUGGUUCCUCCUAAUUACGACAAAAUUUUCAGGGGCUACUCGUAUGUAGCACCCUCCAUAUUGUUCGGGGACAACGUGGUUAGCAAGGACAUCUUCAAAGAAGCGACGAAAGCCAGUACAGAAUGUCAGCGACCAUCGGCAUCGGACGUGUUAGCGGCCAGAUUCGAAGAAUCGACCUUCUUCCAGACUUACGAACUAGAUCCACGCGAGGAAGCUCUAGGCGAUGGUAGUUUCUCCGUUUGCCGUAAAUGUAGGCACAGAAAAACGCAGCAGGAGUUCGCCGUGAAGAUAGUCAGUCGUAGAAUCGACUGUGGAAGAGAGGCAAACCUGCUACGUACCUGCCAAGGCCAUCCGAACGUGGUCAAACUUAUCGAAGUUCAUCAAGACAGAGCACACACCUACCUAGUAAUGGAGUUGCUGUCGGGUGGAGAGUUAUUGAGGAGACCAAGGCCGUUCAACGAACAACACGCCAGCAGGAUAAUGAGGCAGCUCGCCUCCGCGGUUCGGUUUAUGCACUCCAGAGGCGUAGUCCAUAGAGAUCUGAAGCCGGAGAACAUAGUGUUCGCUCACCAGGGAGAGGAUUCCCCGGUGAAGAUCGUGGACUUUGGUUUUGCCAGGAUAAAACGUGGCUGCGAACCUUUGCACACGCCUUGUUUCACGCUCCCGUACGCGGCUCCUGAAGUGGUAGCCAGGCAAGGUUACGACCAGAGUUGCGAUCUUUGGAGCUUGGGCGCCAUCCUGUACUCCAUGUUGUCCGGUAAACCACCGUUCAGAACAGGCUCUCCGGACCUGGCCACCAGAAUCAGAGCAGGGGAGAUCGAUUUCGACGGCGAGUCCUGGAGUCACGUAUCCAGCCAUGCCAAGCAAGUCGCCAAGGGUUUAUUGACCGUCGACCCGAGCAAAAGACUGACAGCCAGCGGUCUGACGAAUCACCCUUGGUUAAACGAGACCAGUUCUUUCGACGUGACCACCGGUUCUUUAGACGCGAACGCGUUACACGACGGAAUUCACGCGAAUCCGAACAUCUUGGAGAAGCCGGAGGGUUUCCGGCUACGAGAGGUAGACGGAGCCAGAUUGGCGCAGAGAAGAAAGCUGCACAAACGUUCCACGUCCAGUUCCGUAUCCUCCUCCGCGUCCACUACCUCAUCCAGCCCUUCCAUGCAACUCCUAAGACCACCGAGCGUAGCUACAAACCUCGCCACUUCCGCUUCUCCGGCGCAGCCGAGCGCCUUCGACUUUGGCGAAGACAAAGUCAACGAGUACCUCAGCUCUUUAUCGUCUUCCUCUGACUCGAACUCGCCCAGGAUUAUGCAGGAAACGCCAAAGAAGAGGCGUAAACGCGACGAGGAUCACUCGGAUCAGGAAGCACAAUCUAAACGGUACAAGAGGGUUUACGUAGACAGUGAGCUUUAUAAAAAUAGGACUGGCCCGGUAACUAGGUCCAGAAAACGAAAGCUCGAAGAACAGACUGUGAAUAGUGGAGGUGAUGGUCUGACGACCGAAUCCUGCGAAUCUUCCCGUGUGGACGCGAGGGAGAUUCACCGGAAACAGAAAGCGGGGAAACGGCCGAAACGGUUGGCCACUAUCAUCGUAGAAUAGAUAGAUCACUCGUGUUCGAAUCACCGUGGCGAGCCGAUUAAUUCGCGUCUCCUUCGUAUCGUGUCUCCUAUACGUAUGCAUUUCACGCGAUGUUGUAAUGUAACGUUGGCUGCCUUCGAUGCUCGAAUCGAUUCGAGCGAGCAUUGCGUCAUUCCUACUUCCGGAACUUGCGGACGGGGACUUCCACGUCUUGAAUUUUCUACGGGUUCGUUGGGGCCUUUCCUUUUCACAUUACUUUCGUGGAGAAUUUAUUUAAACGUUACCUGCUAAUUUAAAGCGAUCCUAUCUAUGAUGCUUACUUCAUAUUAAAGUAGUCAGUAUUUUUCUAUGAACUGUUAUUCUUGUUAUAUUUACAUUAUUUUCAUCCAAGUUUUUACUUUGUAACUUUUGUUCUACGUAGGGUAGGACUAACGAUGCUUUUUAUUUAAAGCAAUGUCCGAGAUGAGAACGAUUACUGCUCGAUAAUUUUUAAACUUGUCCGAUCCUAGGCGGUCCUUCUCUUUUCUUUACUCGUCUAAUACUUACACCGUUUCGAAUACAGUUUUCUUUCAAACGCGCGUAGGAUAUAAUACCAACAGUAUUAAAACAUUUUAAAAAUUAAGAAAAUAUUGCAACACGCUUUGCAUCUUCAUCCUCGACGGAGUCAGUGAAAAUUUCGAAUGUUUCUCUUUUAUAGUUUUUCAAAAUUUUACUUUAUCUUCUAAUCGUUGAAGCCAGAAAAAUAUAAACGGCAUUUUGAUUACUCUUUAGAUCGAUUCAGAAACUUCUACGAGCUCGUAUUAGAUUCGAAAUAGGGUCCCCGAGCGACACCGUUCCUUAUCGCAAUCUUUAAAUUAUUCUAGAUACUAAAUUUUUUUUAUGCCAUGCUUAGGAUUACGUAUUGACGAACAGAGCCGUAAAAAAUAUGCGUGGCCUGUUCGAUAUUAUGUAUGUACAUAUGUGUAUGUAUUCCCGUUGUUAAUACAUUGCGUACUUGUAUUCGCAUUUAAAUCGAAAGAUUCAACGGUGAUAUUACUAAUCUCUGUUAGCAAAAAAAUCUUUGAAUGCAAGUGUAAAAUACAGAACGAAAUUAAAAAGAAAACUAGAAUAUCGUACGCGAUGUAUUAAUUCGUGAAAAUUUCGAUCAUUCGCAAACAUAGUAACAACAAAUCGUGAUCCGAUUUGUACAAAAACACGACUCUUCUUCGUGUAAAUACGGAAGAUCGAACCUGAUCAACGACUCAUUGAUUUUCCGUUCACUGUUGUCUGUGAUGAAACCUUGUAUAAAAGAAUUAGUGACGGGUUAAUAAUUACCUCGAAUCUCUUCGAACAUUUCGAUUCUCGUCGAUUUUGAAAAUUUUUUUAUCAUUGCUUCACUAUCAUGGUAAAACCUUUAUUCGAAAACAAUUCUUUGUCGUAUCGGUAACGGGCGUUUGAAAUUCGAACGAGUCUCGAAGUGAUUCGAAAUUGUGAAGCAAGUGAAUUGCUUGAAGAUACGAUAAAAUACCCGUCACUAAAAAAGUAAAAACGUCGAAAUGCACGAUCGUUUUUCAUUUCUUUCAGACGGUUUUUUUUUUUUCGAACGAACGCCUGAUUCUUGUGUCCCUGAUCUUCCCCGAAAAAAAAAAAACAAAACGAAAAAAUAAAGAAAAAACACGGAAUUCGAGAGAGCAAAAUGUUUCUCGCGAAACUCGAUUCGUGACAAUUUACAUAGAAAAAUGUGCCUCAGACGAAAGACAAUUGAGUUAUUAGGUGUGCGUGUAUAUUUCUGAACGAUCAACAUCGGCGAAGAGAACUUAUUUAUUUAACUAAUGGUUAGAAGGAAAAAAAUACUAGAAUGAAUGUAUGCGUGAGAGAGAAAAACAGAGUGCGUGUAUUUCGUGAUACGCGCUCGGAUGAUUGAUUAUAGAUUCUACUCGAAAGGUAUGUUCUGUUCACCGAGCAUAUAUCGAAUACACGCUAUUCUUAUACAUUGGUUUUUAGUCCUGAAUCUUUAUAUAUGUAAAAAGAAAAUGUUAUAUAUAAGGAGAAAAAAAUUAUAUAUGUAUACACUUGUACCCACGGUGAACACACAGAACCAUGUAUGUGUAUAGCAUUGCCUCUUUAAAUGAUAAUUAUGAUAUACAGAUGACUUAGAUGUUGGAUAUUCUCUACAAUUCGAUUUAAAGAAGUGUACAGGAGGUAGUCCUCGUCUUUAUAUUUUCUAAAGUCUGGUUUAUGUUGAUAGAAUAAAUGAUAGAGCAUACUGCUUCUAAACUAUUCACCUGAUAAGAAAAGGCUGAGUUACUUUACUUUACUCGGAAUGGAAAGAAAUAGUAAGAAAUACUGGUGUUAAUGUAAUUAGCUUUAAAGCCUAGAUUACAUUAAUAAAGUUUACUGAUGUUAGUACACUACCCUAUUUUCUUCUACGCUACGCUACCUUACUCUAUUUUGCUCUAUGAAGCAAUAGAGUAUAUUAUAGUAGUAUGUUUCCCAUUCUACUCACAUUUUAUUCUUCCAAAUCUAGUUAAUGUGAACUAACUAUACACAGAAGAGAAGUCAUCUACCUCCCCUCCUCUCGUUAUACGUAUUAUGUCCCUUUAAAAUACUUUUUAUAUAUUAAUUUCUAAUAAAUUUAAUACUAUAUUGUAUUUAACUUUCUCAGGUGAUAUAAAUACUUACUAAAAUUGUUUAUGAUUGCACGUAAUUAUAUAAUCUGCAUUAGGUGCGAACAUUGCUAUUUAAAGAGGCAGUGGUGUACAUUUUAUAAGGUACUAACAGAUACAUAUAUAUAUAUACACACACACACGUACAUACACAUACCUAUACUUAGGGUUGCCGAGGUUUAUCGAGUAUUACAUGUAUAUGUAUAUAACGUAUGUGUCUUUUUUGUUUCUCAAAAGAAAUUUCUUCUUGCUAUUUCGCGAACGGUGAUCCGAGACUAUACGCGUGACGUGUACAUUGAAAGAUUUAUUAACGAGGUGAACAUCAAAACGUUUCUUUCUUUAUUUUAUGGAAAGAAAUUUAUCUUCAUCAAAAAUUUUAAUACGUAUUCAGCAAAUUUUUAUUUAUCCUGAAACAAUUUAAAAAACAAACAAUUGAAUCUGUAUGAAUUGAAUCGGUAAAUGAUUACGAAAUUUCUUGAUAUAUUGUGGCAAGAAUGUUGAAACGACGAGUAUCACUGUUUUGUUUGUUAAUUCUCGGUAUGUUUAUCGAACGAUUGGUGACUCAUGGAAUUUCUGUUUCAAUUUAGCAUGUUCAUUCCACAAAAUAGAAUAGAAAAGAAGCGCAUUCUUUUCGAAGAAUCGUAGCUCAUGAGUAAAAAAGGAGUCACCUUUUUUUUAAAUUUCUUUUAAUUUAAUAUAAAAUGCUGUUGUUAGGAAACUUUUAAAUAGCAUUUUAAAUAAAAUGACGAAAGUCUGUGGAUCACGUUAUAUCGACUUUGUUUAUGAAGUAAAACGAUAAAAUGAAGGUUGUUAUACUAUCGUAAGAAAAGGUACAUUAUAUAAAAAGGAAAGGUGAGAAGGAACGAAGAAAGGACAGCGAAGACUGAAAUGGUUAUAUACCGACUCAGGGAACAGAGAGACGCAGUCGAGAAAAUUCUCUUGAAAAGAAAAAAAAUUGAAUAAAAACUAUUCGACUACGAGAGGAUGAACGUUUCAUCGAAACGUGUGCUUCUACCAAAGACGACCGAAGCAAAAAUCGCUCUGUAAAGACCAAAAAAAAGCCAACAAAAAUAAAUAUAUAUGUAUGAAAAGGAAAAAAUGGGAACCGCGUUUUACGACGUUGUUAUAAAAGUAAGACGCGCGUUUAAUUUUCGCGAUGAAAUAAAAGCAAAAAGGAACGAAGCAAAGAUUGAAAGAAACAAAUAUUUAGUUGAGAAAAAAGAACAGAUAUAUAUACAUAAAAAAAUUAUAUAUAUAUAUAUAUAUAUACAUAUAUUUAAUAUAAGUAUAUUAUUAGAAGAUUAUAUUUCUUUAAUAAGAGGAUAUUUCUAUUUAGCGAACGUGCAAGUCAUUUAACGAGUCUCUGAUAAGUUGCAAUCAGUUCCACCCGUUACAAGACAGAGGUGGAACUGACAAUUUUUUUCUAGAUGCAUAUAUAUACAAAUAUAUCACUGUUACGUUAUUAAAAAAAAAAAAAAAGAAAAAAUAAUGAAACGAAAUCCUUCGAAGAAUACGUAUAUUUGUACAGGGAGUCGUGAGAGUCUAGUGCAUUCUUGGAAAAAAAUAUUUCGACAAGUUCGAAUUCAUAUCAUUAAGUUUUACCUAUUGUAACGAGCAUCAUAGUAUUUUUGUUGGGUACAAACGACAGUAUGUACAGUUCAUAUUCGUUUCACGAUUCUGUCAGUAGAAACGUUCGUAAUUCUUCAUUGUUUCGAUCCGAAUCUUCUGUCGACGGACUAAUGAAAUUGUGCGAUAGACUUUUGAGGCAUCCUAUAAUGCAUAUAUUAUAUAUACAUAAAUAUACAUAGUUAUAUAUACGGAUUCAAGCUUGUACCAUACGAUAAAGAGUGCUGUUCUGUUGCUAUAAGUACCGUAAGAGAGACAAGAUACCUUUGUUACUACUGGUUGUUAAAUAUAUCAUAACAUAAUAUUUAUUUA